AAAUAGUCCGACCAAAAAACUUUAGCGAUGUCGCGGGAUACAAACUGUGACUGUUUUAUUGUGUUAAUUAGAAUUAUGAACGGUAACAAUAAAAAUAAAUAUUCUCUUAUCACUCAUGGCUAUCAGAACGUUACCUUUGUUGUUAUAACGUUUCGCUGGUCAACUUAUUCUAAUAUUUACAAUAGUCGUGGUAUGACAUUGAUAUGGCAUCCAUUAUGUGCCGUUUUCUGGUAAUAUUUGUUACUUUUGUUAUGGCGGACGUACAUUGUUGUAAGAGAUAUAGACUUGGUCGAAGGAAACCUCUGUGUCAACCUAAGUCAGAAAUUUCAUUCGUCGACAAGUUUGAAGAGAAGUUCCAUGACAUAACAAACAAAUAUAUGGAAUUUGCAGCGAGUCUUCAGGAUUCCUGCAAGUAUAACGUCAUACGUAUUAAUGAAGUCUACGGCUCUGAGAGUUAUGUUUUAAAAUAUCAUAUCACGGUACUUAAAGAUGCAACAUACGAUUAUAAUGUUAAAAUUUAUAACCGCGUGUUACAAUUAUUGGUAUUGGAGAAAGAUGCAGAUGGUGUUAGGUUGAUUAUUGAAGAUUAUACAAUAUUGUCCGAUAUUUUGAAUUUGGAGAAGGCGUUUUGGAUUCACGAAAUGAAUACACUGAAAAUAAUUAUACCGUACAUUGAGUUCGGCCAAGAAAAAGUCAAGAAGUGUGAGACUGUCAACAGAAAUGUCAUUAAAGUGCCAAUGCUACAAUAUCCAGAAAUUGAUGUGAGAAUCGAUAAUGAGUCAGGUGAUAUUCUUGACGAUGAAAUUAUUUAACAGAUAUAACGCAUGUAACGUUAAAAAAUGUACGCAGUAAAGUGAAUUUUCUUUAAGAAAAUUUUUUUUUUUUUGCGAAAUAUA